ACACUAACAAAGCUGAGAAGUUUGUUUACAGUCUUUUCUACCACCAAAUUAAUUUAAAAUCUAAAAAAACACUUGAAAAACUGAAAUUUAAUACUUGGUAGAACCCUAAAAGCAUAGUUAAAUCAGUAAUGUAUCUCGAUGAGUUAAAGUUUUUCAAAUAAACUGGUUUUUAAGCAUGCAAAAAUGAAUAAUAAAAAUUUUACCGGCAAGCGUGCAAAAUUAUAAAUAACAAGAUUUUUUUGGAAAAAACUAUUCAAAAAUAAAUUAUAACAAAUAAAACUUUUCAAAAUGAUGUCCGGUACAGCAGGAGCUAAUUCAAUCGUCAAAGUUUUGGGUGAUUCUUCAAUAAAGGAAGAUUUGCGAUUGAAAGCUGCUCAGGAACUCGCGGAAACCUUCGAAAAUAAUGUUAACUGUGCUGGAUAUCCGUCGUUCCUUGACGGAGCUAUGAAAACCUUCCUCAAGGUUCUUCAAGAAGGUGAACCACACUUCUUCUCUGACUUUAACAUUCAACAAAUGAGAAAAUUGAUCCUAGAAAUGAUCCAUCGUCUACCUGUGUCUGAAAUUGUUCGACCCUAUGUUAAAAGCAUCUUAGCACUUAUGUUGAAGCUUUUGAGAACUGAUAAUGAGGAUAAUGUGUUAGUUUGCCUAAGAAUUAUAAUCGAUCUUCAUAAACAAUAUCGACCGACGUUUCAUCCAGAGAUUCAAUACUUCAUAACAUAUGUUCGCAACAUUUAUUAUGACCUUCCCAAAAAUAUGAACAGAAUUUUCGAACCACGAGAGCAGUUACGUGUGACAGAUCUCAAGGAAGUAAAUUUAGAACAAUUACUUCCUGAAAUUUUCACCGCAACAACAAUUUAUGUUGAUAAACAAGAUGCCGAAGGAAAGACAACAAGCGCCACUUUUAAUCUUCUUCCUCGUGGCGUUAACUCACUUAAAGUUCUUCAGGAACUUCCCAUCAUUUUGGUUCUCAUGUACCAAAUUUACAAGCAAAAUGUACAUCAAGAAAUAGUUGAGUUCGUUCCACUUAUCAUGUCAACUAUCACAUUACAACCAUCUCCUGUUCAUCGUGCCAAUCCAAACUUUAACAGAGAAGUUUUCGUAGAUUUUAUGGGCGCACAAAUCAAAGCAUUGUCUUUUCUCGCUUACAUUAUUCGAACAUUCUUGGCUCAAUUUCAAGAUACAAUCAAUACUCAUGCCCCAUCAAUGGUUGAAGGAAUGAUUUCACUCCUUCGAUUAUGUCCCAUUGGGCCAGCAAGCUUAAGAAAGGAGCUUCUCGUUGCAACUCGUCAUAUUCUUGCCACAGAAUUACGAAACAAAUUCAUAAAUUCAAUUGAUCUUCUUUUCGAUGAAGAUUUACUUCUUGGACGUGGAUAUACAUCGCAUGAAUCUCUUCGACCUUUAGCUUAUUCAACACUCGCUGACUUAGUUCAUCAUGUUCGAACACAUUUAAAACUAGACAUUCUAACAAAAGCUGUUUAUUUAUUCUCGAAGAAUGUUCAUGAUGAAUCACUUCCAACAAGCAUUCAGACAAUGUCAUGUAAGCUUCUUCUAAAUCUCGUCGAUUGUAUUAGAAUUCAAAGAAAUGACGACAACUUUACAUCGCCAACACCAAGAGAAUUACUCAUGACAAUGUUGAAAGUUUUCACUUUAAAAUUUCAUACUAUUGCUAAACUUCAAUUGCCAUUGAUUAUGCAGAAAUGGAAGAAUCUCAGUUCACAACCACAGACAACAUCAAUUGACAUCAACAAGGAAAUGAUUGGAAUUGAUAUUUCACCUGAAACAAUGGGAAAGCUGACAAGCAUUGGCUUUUCCCCACCCAACACUCUCAAUGUUAGUGAAUAUCGAAGUUUAGUGAAGACAUUGAUUUGUGGUGUUAAGACGAUUACUUAUGGAAUAAACUUGACAGAUAACGCACAACAGAAAGUUCAACCUAUGCCUGUGACAUUCCAACCUGACGAAGUUCUCAUUUUUAUCGAUUUAUUCAAUUGGGCUCUGGAGGCUCUCGAUAUUUACAUGAUUAACAUUCCAACACCAGGAAUGCCGCUCACCAAUAAACCAAUCACACAAAUGCCAAGAUCAAAGGAUGAGAAAGAAUUACUCGAACAUUUCAGUGGAUUGUUCUUGACAAUGUCAGCACAAAAUUUCCAAGAGAUUUUCUCAUCAACAAUCGACUUUAUGGUUGAUAGAAUUGCACAAAAUGUCGCACUUCAAGUGAUUGCAAACUCAUUUCUUGCUUCACCAACAACAUCGCCGUUGUUCGCAACAGUUCUCAUUGAGUACUUACUUGAACGAAUGGAAGAAAUGGGAUCAAAUGUGGAGAGAUCAAAUUUAUAUCUUCGAUUAUUUAAACUUGUUUUUGGGAGCGUCAGCUUGUUUGCUAAUGAGAAUGAGCAAAUGCUUCGACCACAUCUUCACAGUAUUGUCAAUCGAUCAAUGGAACUUGCAAUGACGGCUAAAGAACCUUACAAUUAUUUUCUCUUACUUCGUGCACUUUUCCGUUCAAUUGGUGGCGGGAGUCACGAUAAACUUUACAAAGAAUUUCUGCCACUUCUACCAAAUCUUCUUGAAGGCUUAAAUCGACUUCAAAGUGGAUUCCAUAAGCAACAUAUGAAAGAUCUGUUUGUCGAAUUAUGUCUAACUGUUCCCGUUCGUUUAUCAUCGCUUUUGCCAUAUUUGCCGAUGUUAAUGGAUCCCUUAGUUAGUGCCUUGAAUGGAUCACCGACACUUGUGAAUCAGGGGUUGCGAACUCUUGAACUUUGUGUUGAUAAUCUUCAACCGGAUUUUCUUUACGAUCACAUUCAACCAGUUCGUGCUGAUUUAAUGCAAGCACUUUGGAGAACAUUGCGCAAUACUGACAGUGCUGCUUUGGUUGCAUUUCGUGUGCUUGGAAAGUUUGGUGGUGGGAAUAGAAAAAUGAUGAUUGAACCACAACGGCUUGAAUAUAAUGUUAAGGAUUCACCACCGCCAGCUGUUGUCGCAUAUUUUCAAGAGCAAAGACGUCCAAUUGACUUUCCUGUUGACAAAGUCAUUGAAACAGCUUUCAUAGCAUUGAAGACAUCAUCAACUGAUCCAUUUUACUGGGCACAGAGUUGGGAAGUAAUCCGAUGCUAUUUAUCAGCAUCAAUCUCGUUGUCAGAUGAGAAACAUAUGCUACAGAAGUUAUUUACACAUCCAAGCUUCACUGAAGGUAACAUUCCGAACAUCAGCAUCACUCAAUCUCAUUUCCAGGAGAAUCUUGCACGUAAAACACAUCAAACAGCCUUGACAGCGAUGUUUGUAGCAGCAGCCACAAAAGAAUUAAGACAAUCAGUGUUACCAACAGUCAUUGACGUUGUUCGUCAUUACACAAUGGUCGCAAUAGCACAACAAGCUGGACCAUUUCCACUUAAACAUAAUCAAUCGUAUAACGGCUUAGAUCCACUCGUGUUAAUUGAUGCACUUGCUGCUAUUAUGGGACAUGAAGAAAAAGAAUUAUGUAAAGCAGCAAACUUUGCAAUGGUUUUAAUUCUUAAAACAUCAACUGACAUUAUGGGAACGAAAGAGCGUGCAUGCCGUUUACCGAUUAUGCAAUAUUUAGCUGAUAAAAUGUCAAAUCUUUGCUACGAACGCCCAUGGUAUGCAAAGAUGGGUGGAUGUAUAGCAUUAAAGUUUUUAUAUGAACAAAUGUCAAUGCGAUGGCUCUAUCAACAUCUAUUUACAUUCCUCAAAGCUUAUCUUUUCGUCAUUAUGGAUUUGACUGGUGAAGUGUCAAGCGGAGCUAUUGAUAUGGCGAAAUCAUAUUUGGAGAAUAUGCUAAACAUCUGCAUGGUUCCGUUAGAUAAAGAAUGUAAGAAUGAAGAAUUGAUUGCAAUACAAAGAAAAGCGAUGUUUGAUGUGACACAUGAACUUGUACGACGAAUUACAAGUCCACAUACACUCGUUCGUGAAACGGCAAUGUCUUCACUACGACAAAUUGCGAAAUUACAAGAUACAACUGUCACUGAUGUGAUGCUGCCACAUAAAGAAGUUUUGGAAGAUAUUGUGCCACCGAAGAAGCAUUUAUUGAAACAUCAACCAGCUGGAGCACAAAUUGGGCUUAUGGAUGCAAACACUUUUUGUACGACACUUGAACCGAAACUUUUCACACUUGAUAUCAGCAUUGUAACACAUAAAUUCUUCUUUCAUGAAGUCAUAACACUUGCUGAAGUCGAUGACAUGUUUCUGAGUAAACUUGAUUGCUUUAAGAACAUUACAAAUCUUAUUCCACUUCGUAAAAGUGCAUUGCGUGCUUUGGCUGCAUGUCAUUACUUAGGACAAGAUAGAAAGACUGUGAAAGAGAAAAUUUUCACUAUUCUUUAUCGUGCAUUGGAAAAGAAUUCUGAGUUACAAGAAACAGCUUUUGAAUGUAUGCAAAAGUUUAAUCUUGGAUGUGCUGCCGAGAAAGAAUUUCUUUUACAAAGUUUUCGUCCUUUGUUGAUGGCUUUGGGCGAUCAUCGAAAUCUUACAAUUAACAUUGUUAAACGAUUGUCAUACUUGACGCAAUUGUUUCCAUCGAUGUUUAAUGAAAAGCUUUGCGACCAAUUAUUGGAGAUUAUCAAAAAGAUGCUCCAAGCUUCUGUAGCUGCAAAUAAAAGUCAAAACUUCUUAAAAGUGUCAAAGACUGGUGAGACUGAGAUGAAGAUUGCAACAAUUAUUGAGAUUUUCCAUCAGAUUCCGGCAGCAACACAAAAGUUUGUUCGAAGUCUCAUUGAUUUGGUGUUGGCAGUUGAAAAGGAGAUAAUGAUUGAACCUUCAAGUCCAUAUCGAGCGCCAUUAGUGAAAUUUCUCAUUCGUUAUCCUGAUGAGACUGUCGACGUAUUUAUGAGUGAAGGAAGUAUUAAGAACGCACAAUAUAAUCGCUUUUUAAUCUUCUUAUUGAAACAUAAAGACGGUUUACCAUUCAAGACAAUCAUGGAGAGUCGAGAAGAUCGAUUAGUGGAAUUAAUCUUAAAAGACAAAACAAAUCACAAUUCAACACUUCCUGAAUACACUCAAGAGGAUGAAAAUGAAGCACAACAUCAAGGAAUCUUAAUUGUUCAUACAUUAAUUGAACUUAAUGAUAAAUGGCUGCCCUCACAUAUAAAAAUUGUGAAUGCAUUGAACAUCAUUUGGUCUCGCGAAUUAGGAAGUUCAGGUACAAGUGAAACAAUAACUUGUGACAUGUGGCAUUUAGUUGCGAAAAUUCUACUUCAUUACUUUGAAUAUAAUCCAAGUAACAUUAAAUUACUUUAUGAUCUUCUCAAAGUUAUGUGCAUGAGAUUUAUUCCUGACUUUCAAUUCUUACGUGACUUCGUACAAAAUGUUGUCUGUCAAACUUACACCGUCGAAUGGAAACGAAAUGCUUUUUUUAUGUUUGUUGAGAAUUAUAAGAAUCCAUUAGUGUCGACAGAUUUGAAAGUGAAAAUUCUCACAACAAUCAUAAUUCCGAGUUUUGCUGUGAGUUUUGAAAAAGAUGAAGGAAAUGCUUUGAUUGGGGCACCUCCAAAUCCAUAUCAAGAAGAUGAUAACAAUAUUGUAUCAGUGUUUAUUAACAAGGUUAUUGAUCCGGAGAAGUCGAUGGAUGAUGAUGAAGAUCCAUUAAGAAUUGCUUUGCUUCAAUUUGCUUGCUUGUUGGUUGAACGUUCAUCAGCUCAUAUUCAUGAUGGUGGAUCGAGUAGUAAGAAAGAAGGGAGCAAACUUCGACGUCUUAUGACAUUUGCUUGGCCAUGUUUGUUGGCUAAGAAUUAUGUUGAUCCAGCUGCACGUUAUCAUGGCCAUUUACUUCUCGCUCACAUCAUUGCACGUCUUGCAAUCAACAAACGAAUUGUCUUGCAAGUCUUUCACUCGUUACUGAAAGCGCAUGCAGUGGAAGCACGUCAUGUCGUACGACAAGCUCUUGAAGUUCUCACGCCAGCAAUGCCUUUGAGAAUGGAAGAUGGGAAUCAAAUGCUUACACAUUGGACGAAAAAAAUUAUUCUUGAAGAAGGACAUUCAAUGCAACAACUUCAUCAUAUUCUUCAGCUUAUCGUUCGACAUCACAAAGUUUAUUAUCCUGUUCGUCAUCAACUUGUACAACAAAUGGUUUCAUCAAUGAAUCGUCUUGGGUUCUCACCUAAUGGUUCCAUUGACUAUCGAAAAUUAGCUGUGGAACUUGCCGAAGGUAUCAUUAAAUGGGAAUUGCAGAGAAUUAAAGAAGACAGCGAUGGUGUAGCAUCAGAUGAUGAGACAAUAGCAACAACAGAGAAAUCAAGUGGCAAUGGAAGUGUCAAAAGAGCAUUGCAAGAUAAUGAAGAGUCAGUAAGAAAGAAACAAGCAGUUGGUGAUGUUCCGGGAGCUUCAACAACAGUUGCUUCUACGACACAACCAAGAGGUGAAGACUAUUCACGUCCAAUAGAACGAAACCAAUGCGAUUCAGCCUUAAAUUUCCUCUUCCGCUUAGCAUGUCAACUUGGCGAUGUUCCACCACAAAUUCCUGGUGUUGUAACACCAAGUGAAACAUUAACACGUCGUGUUAUUGCUUUAAUCAAAAGAGUUUUAGAUCCAGAAGUUUGGCUGCAUACGUGCGAUUUAAAAUUGCAAUGGCUUGACAAAGUUUUUCUUACGUCGGAACCGACACAAUCGAGUAUUACAAAUAUUUGUGUUGGACUUGAAUUAUUGACAUUCCUUCUUGGCUGCAUGCGACGUGAACAACUUCUUGCAAUCUUUCGUCCACUCCAACGUGGUUUAUCAGUUUGUGUGACAAGUCACAAUCCUAAAGUUAUUAAAAUGAUGCACUCAUUGUUGACGAAAUUAAUGUCGAUCUUUCAACUUGAUCAUAAACAUGACGAAUUGGAUCUUCUGUAUAGUCAUAUUAAUAAAACAAUUUGCGAGGGACUUUCACAAUUUGAUAAAAAUCCAAAAGCAACGCCAACAUCUCUGUUUGGCACUUUAAUGAUACUCAAAGCUGUUUGCACCAAUAAUCAAUCGUAUAUUGAUCGUUUGAUUUUAACAUUUAUGGUGAUUCUUGAUCGAUUAAAAAAGGAGCAUAUUGGGCCGACAAUACAAGUUGUUCAACCACUACAAACAACGACAACAACAUCGUCACAACAGCAGCCAAUUCAAGGACAACAACAGCAACAACAAAUUCCGGCACACAGCAAUACAGAAAUAACUCUUGAAUUGCUUUGUUUAUGUUUGGAUUUGGUGAAGAAUCGUGUGAUUGUAAUGGGCGUUGAUUUAAGAAAACAAUUCAUAGGCACAAUUCUUGUUGGAUUAAUUGAGAAGAGUACAGAACCGAAAGUGAUUAAAGCGAUUAUUAAAAUGAUUGAAGAGUGGAUGAAGAACAAGAACAGUUCAUUGUCGGUGUUGCAAGCACCAACAUUAAGAGAGAAAUCAAUUUUACUUGUUAAGUUGAUGCAUUAUGUUGAGAAGCGUUUCUCGGAUGAUCAAGAACUGAACGCACAGUUUCUUGAACUUGUCAAUUUUAUUUAUCGUGAUGACCAAUUGAAAGUGAGUGAAUUAACAUCGAAACUUGAACAGGCAUUUCUUGCUGGUCUUCGCUGCUCACAGCCGAGUAUUCGAAGUAAAUUCUUUGAAGUGUUUGAUGGUUCAAUGCGACGUAAACUUCACGAUCGCCUGCUUUACAUUGUUUGUUCGCAUUCAUGGGAUUCAAUUCAACAUCAUUAUUGGAUUAAGCAAUGCAUCGAGUUGCUUAUCUUAACUACAAACACGACACAUUCACAAAUUAAGAAUUCCAAUGAAUCUCAUUUACUUCCAAGCAUCACUUCAGUGAUUAAUUUGGCAGAUUCAGAAGAGAAAAAUAAUUUCGUUAUUUACACUUCACUUCAACCAGAUCAGCAUGAAAUGAAUGUUGUUGUUGAGGAUAAAGAAGAUGCAAUUGACAUGGAGAUGAGUGUGGAUACAAACAUUUCAAGACGAGAAGAAAGUGAACGACCAGUUGAGAAUCGUUCGGCAAUUUUAUCAAAACUUAUUAAUCGACAAGCAGAAUUCUUGGAAGCAUCAAGAAAAGUUAAGACAGAACAACUUUUAAUAGCAACAGCGCAACUUUGUCAUAUGGAUACGAAUCUUGCUGAAUCAGUUUGGUUGAAUAUGUUUCCACGUCUUUGGUCGAUUCUCGAAGAUGGACAACAACAAUCGUUGGAUCGCGAAUGUGUUGCGUUCUUAUCAUCAGGAACUCAUGUUAUUCAGAAGGAUUGCCAUCCAAGUGCUUUAAAUACUUUCGUUGAAGCUCUCGCUCAUUGUCAACCACCGAUUUAUAUUCCACCAACUUUAAUGACAUAUUUGGGUAAAGCACACAAUCUUUGGCACCGAAUGACGUUAAUGUUGGAAGAUAUGGCACUUGAAUGGGCAAAUCGACGUGAAGGAAUGACAACAACAUCAACAGGUGAUUAUCGAAGUGAAUAUGAUUUUGAUGUUGAACUUCAGAAUGAAAUUGCAACAUCGAAUGUAAGUGGAAGUGGUGGAAAUAGUGCAACAACGUCAAUUGUCUUAGAUCCAUUGUCACAAAUGUAUUCAGCAUUACAUGAAGAAGAUUUAUGGGCUGGUUUAUGGCAGAAAUUUGCGAAAUAUCCAGAAACAAACGUUGCAAUUGCUUAUGAACAAAUGGGAUUUUUUGAGGAAGCACAAAACAUGUACGACAUGUGCAUGACGAAAUUUAAACAAGAAGUAUUGAAUGGAAGUAUUUCUACAGAAAUGAAUAGCGAGAUUUUACUGUGGGAGAAUCAUUGGAUUCGUUGCACUAAAGAGUUAAAUGAAUGGAACAUUUUACUUGAAUAUGGUCAAUCGAAUAAAGAUAAAAAUGCUUUUCUUAUUAUGGACAGCGCUUGGCGUGUUCCUGACUGGAAUCUCAUGAAACAAGCAUUGCUGAAAGUUGAACAAACAAGUCCGAAACAAAUGGGACAUAAAGUGAGUUUAUAUCGAGGAUAUUUAGCGAUUUUGAAUCAUGAAGAACCACAACAUUUGCCAUCAGUCGAGAAAUAUGUUGAAAUAUCAUCAGCUUUGUGUAUGAGGGAAUGGCGACGAUUACCAGCAAUUGUUUCUCACAUUCAUUUGCCAAUUUUACAAUCAGCACAACAAAUUAUGGAACUGCAAGAAGCAAGUCAGAUUCAUCAACAACCUUUGAAGAUUCCCGAUAUGAAAGCCGUCGUCAAAACAUGGCGUAAUCGUUUACCAGUCAUUGCUGAUGAUUUAUCACAUUGGAGUGAUAUCUUUACAUGGCGUCAACAUCAUUAUCAGAUCAUUACUGACAGUAUGGGAAAUUCUGAUCUCGGACCACAUGCAUCAGCUCAAACAAUCAUCCAAUUUGGUAAAGUGGCGAGAAAACAGAAUCUGACGAGUGUUUGUCAUAAUCUUUUGUCAAGAAUUCAUACAAUUCCAUCAGUGCCAGUUGUUGAUUGCUUCCAAAAGAUCCGACAAGAAGUCAAAUGUUUCAUUCAAAUUGCAAGCAAUAAUCAAGAUCAACGAUCGCUUGAUGAAGCUUUAGAAGUAAUUGAAACAACAAACAUUAAAUUCUUUAACAAGCCUGAACUUAUUGCAGAAAUUUAUGUUUUAAAAGGCGUUUUGCUUUCACAAUUGUCACGUUCUGAUGAUGCCAACAAAGCUUUUAGUGUUUCUGUUCAACUUUGUGAUUCAUUAACAAAAGCUUGGGCAACAUGGGGCGACUAUUUAGAAGGAAACUUCAGUCGCGAUCCACGAAACACCACGUUAGGUGUUUCGGCUAUGACAUGCUUCUUACAUGCAUGUCGUCAACAAAACGAAUGUAAAUCAAGAAAAUAUUUUGCAAAAAUCAUUUGGCUUUUAACAUACGAUGAAUCACGAAGUGAUAUGAUGGAUGCUUUGGAGAAAUAUGGACAAGCAAUUCCACCGAUUCAAUGGCUUCCUUGGAUACCUCAGUUAUUGAAUUGUCUGAUACAAUAUGAAGGCGAUGUCAUUAUGAAUCUUCUAAGUAACAUUGCUCGAAGCUUUCCUCAAGCUGUUUACUUUCCUAUUCGCACACUUUAUUUAAUGUUAAAGAUUGAACAACGCGAACGCUAUAAAAGUGUUGAGCAGGCUAUGGCGAAGAAUCAACAACAAUCAGGAAGUGAACAAAGUUCAGAAAAUACAACAAGUGGUGGAACACCAUCAACAAGUUCACAAACUACAUCGCAAGGUAACACACAAGCAUCACAAACUAUCAAAGCAACACCGCCGAUGUAUCGUUGCUCGAAAAUUAUGCACAUGCAACGAGAUAUUCAUCCAACAACUCUCAGUUCUCUCGAAGGAAUCGUUGAUCAAAUGGUUUGGUUCCGUGAGAAUUGGUAUGAAGAAGUUUUAAGACAAUUGAGACAGGGAUUAGCGAAAUGCUACGCGAUUGCUUUUGAUAAUCGUGGGGCUGUAAAUGAAGCGACCAUCACUCCACAUACACUUAAUUUUGUUAGAAAACUCGUGUCCACGUUUGGUAUUGGGAUAGAGAACAUUACAAAUAAUACAACAAUUAGUGCUGGAUCUUCUGCUUCGGAAUCAUUAGCGAGACGAACACAGGCAACAGUUCAGGAUCCAGUUUUCCAGAAACUCAAAGGUCAAUUUACCAGCGAUUUUGAUUUCUCACAACCUGAUGCUACGAAAAUGCAAAACUUGAUUUCGAAAUUAAAGAUUUGGAUUAAAAUUUUAGAUGUGAAGACAAAACAACUGCCAAAAUCAUUUUUAAUUGAAGAAAAAUGCAGAUUCUUAUCAAAUUUCAAUCAGAAGACAGCAGAAGUCGAUCUUCCUGGCGAACUCUUGCUGCCACGUCAUUCUCAUUAUCAUGUGAAGAUUGCUCGAUUUAUGCCACGUGUUGAGAUUGUUCAAAAGCACAACACAUCAGCGAGAAGGCUUUUUAUUCGCGGAACAAACGGAAAGGUGAGUUUUAAAUCAUGA